AUGGGGGACUCUUGCAGCGCUGCCUGCGAGUCCGUCAAUGAUGCCGCCCGGUUCUUUAACGUGUUGCAGGUGGCACCGGGAUGUGUUUCCACGACGCUCAGUGAUGCAAACCGAUAUCCUUACUUCACUCGCAUGGCACCCUCAACACGGUUCAAUGUUGUGGCCAUCUAUGAGUUCAUGAAAUUGCUUGGAUUUAAGAGAGUCGGCGUGCUAUAUGGCUACAGAAGCAUCAACAACAUGAUCAAGGACAUGUUCCUUGAGAUGGUAGAGGCAGAUCUUCGGACAGGUGGCUAUUCUUGGACCAUCCUCUUGACAAGGCAAGUCAGCAAUCGUGCAGAUGCAGGCAGUGCUGUGGAGUUCAUGAAAAUGCGAGAUUCUCGGGUCAAUUUCAUAGCACUGUACGAGGACUUGGGCGCUGUGCUGCUUUGCGAGGCCUUUUCGCACGGCGUCGUGCCGCCAGAUGUCAGCUGGAUGGUCGCUUCUGGGUGGUGGAACACGAAUUACAUUACGUUGCUUGCGCAGUUCCUCGACGGUUUCAUAAGCCCAAGCGGAACACACAGAAUACCCAUUCAUGAAGGAGCAUGCCGCGAGUAG